CUGCAUGUUUUAGAGUGCUAAAGAAAUACAGAAUUCUGUCGCAUCAGGGAAAAUACUAGUAUGACAUUAAUUAAUACUCAAUGAUCAAUCAAUAAAAAUAUCUUAACAUGACAGUUACUAAGUCAUGGUUUAAAAACCUCUUUUAUUGUAUCUAACUACGACAAUGACCGAUGCAGACACACUGCUGACAAGUGCUAAUGAACCCGAAAUUUAGGUUCACGUCUUAUUCGCGACUAUCUUUCACUAUCUAACAGAAUGACAAUUAACAAAUUGGAAAUUACCCUGGCAUUUUCUGCAAACUCAAUUAAAUUCGGAGAAAGCAUAAGGAAAGUAGUGUUGAGAGAAUAUUUUACGACAAUUCAAAUAAAUGUAUAUUCGUUAUCAUCUUUAAACUGUUUUAUAAUUGAAAUGAAGAUUAUUCCUAUGCUAAUUAUAAUUAUGCUUACUUCCGAAUCAAUUCUCAGUGAUGUAAUGCCACCAAGGGUAAAUUGCAUAAAUGAUUGUUGGAAAAUUGGAGAAAAUUGCAAACAGAAAUGUCAUCGGAAUUUUCAAGAAUUCAAAUGUAAAUCUAAUUGUCAAACUGAUAUAAGAAAAUGUCAACGUAGUUGUUAAUUGUUUCUUGUUUAUUCAUAAUAAUAAUGAAUAACUUCAAUAUUCAAUGAGUUCUAUAAUGUGUGUUCAUCUUAAUUCAAUUAGUUUCUAUAGUAUUUAUUUAGCCUAUUAAACUAUACAUUCAUUUUACAAUUAUAUUGAUGUUACUUCAUUAUUCAGAUUAUUUGUAACCUCAAUCAAAUGUUCUUAAGAAUAUAAAAGAAAAGCUUAAUGUUGUUAUUUAAAUGUUUACUCCACAUAAUUUUCUUUAACAGAAUUCAUAUCUUGAAAUGUUAACUAUUACCAAUAAUACAAAUGGUAGUAAAUGAGAAAUUUCAAUACAGUUGAAAAUUGAUAACAGUGUUUUGUUAAAUCCUAUAUAUAAUAAUUAUCUUGUUGUCAUUUUAAAAAUAAAUGAUUUAAAGUAA